AUGCAAAUUGAUAAUAAAGAUUUAAAUUUUCAACUUUUACCAGAUUGUCAUGUUUUUAAUCUUUUCCUUACAAUAUUUGCUCAUAAUUAUGGAAAUAUGACACUUUCUCAAGAAGUUUAUGGUGAAAUGACUAGAAGAAAUAUUUCACCUGAUGUUGUAACUCAUACUAUAUUAAUUGAAGGUUAUGCUUUAUUGGGUCAAGCUGAAAAAGCGAAUAGACAAUUUCAAAUUAUGAAAUCUAAUAACAUUAAACCUAAUGUAUUUACUUAUACAAGUUUAAUCAAAGCUUGGGCACAAGUUUGGAGAAUUGACAAAAUUAAACAAAUUUAUAAAGAAAUGAUUGGAUCCGGUAUAAAACCUCAUAGAGCAACUUAUCGUGUAUUAGCUUCUAUAACAAAUUCAAAAUUUGAUACCUCCCAAAAAAGUUCAUCAAAUUUACCUAUAUCAAGAACACCACAACAUGUUAGAGAUACGACAAAAUUAUAUGAUAAACUUGAAAAAGUUCGAGAUUCUGAAACUGCUUAUACUCUUUUUGAAACUUUUUUAAAAAAAUUUGAUGAUACGAACUAUAAUCCACGACCAAAUAUUUAUUCUUUUACCGUAUUUAUGACAAGUUUUGUAUUUUAUCAUAGAAAUAUGAAACUUGCCCUUAAAGUUUUUGAAGAAAUGUUAAAAAGAAAUAUUUCAGCUAGUUGUUAUUGUUAUAAUGUUUUGAUUGAAGGAUUUGCUAGAUCAAACGAACCAUUUAAAGCUGAAAAAAUGUUUUAUACUAUGAUAAAUAAUAAUAUAAAACCAGAUGUUAGUUCUUUUAAUAGUUUAAUAUCUGCUUGGAUAACGGUCGGUAGAAGGGAUAAAGUAUUCAUGGUUUAUCGUGAGAUGAAAAAAUAUGGUAUAAAUCCCAACGAGGUUACGUUAAAUAAGAUGAAAGCUAUAGGAAUGUAA